AGGUGGACGAGGAGAUCGGCUCCGGGCCGGAGGCGCGGCCGCCGGCUGGGCAGCAGGGCUCGUCCCUCGGCGCAGCGGCCGCGGCUGCGGCUCUGGGCGGCGCGGCGGUCGCGCUGGGCGGCUUCGGCCUGGCCGGCAGCUCGGGGGGGCCCGAUCUCGACGAGGCCGCCAGGGAGGCGGCCGAGAGCGAGGGGUUCGCGUUCCGCGCGCUGGGCGACGGGCCCGCAGAGGAGCGGCCGUGCAAGGUGUGCCGCUGCGCGCUGCCGCUGCGCGCGAAGCACUGCUUCGAGUGCGGCCGCUGCGUGCGGACGCACGACCACCACUGCCCGUGGAUCGCGAACUGCGUGGGGGAGCGCAAUCGGGCGCUGUUCUUCUGGUUCGUCGCCCUCCAGGGCGCGGAGGCCUGGUGGCUGCUCUCGCAGCAGGGGCGGUGCCUCGGCUCCGAGGCCGCCCGGUCAGGACUGUUCGUCGUGGCCCUCGUGCUGGUGGCGCUCUUCGCCUUCUGCUUGGGGUCCCCCGCUGCAGCGCGUUCAGGAGCACAUGGACGCGGAGGAGAGGGGGCAGGGAGGGCGACGGCGUCCGGGCCGCUGCCGCGGCAACGGCGGACCCAGCCCAGGAUCUGGCCCUCUGAGGCCCAGGAGUCCUUGGCUGCACGUGAGAGUGACCCUUCGCCAGAGUGACCUGGGG